AUGGCUACGGUAAACGGAGCCAUUGACCAGCCGGUCGGGCUACUCGACUGCCCUCUGGAGGUCCGCAAUCAAAUUUACGCCAGCAUUCUUCUCGACUUCCCACACCCCACCGUUGAGCAGCUUCUAUCACGUGCUAUGUCUUUCCUCCCUGGAAGCGAGGACGAACAGGCUGAAGCUUUUGACAAUCAUGCUCAGAGAUACCCCGAGAAGACACAUAAGAUCAGCACAAACAUCCUCUUGACGAAUCGCCAGACUUUCGCCGAAGGCAGAGAGAUAAUCUUGCGGCGCGGCCGCUUUGUGAAAGUCAUCGCUUCCGAUGUUGAUCUUUCACAACGGUUAUUUGCAAGUCAUCUCUGCUUGAUUGAUGCCAAGUACAGUAAUCUGUGCAUUCUGACUCACCACAUAAGCCUUGAUUCCGUACACAUCGAUGCUUCGUCUUCUCAUGGCGAAUUUGUUCUCUGCGGCAGUGAUGUAGACGUCUUCUGUCGUGCGAUCAUGGGAGACAGUGGCCUUGUCUUGUUCCACCAAAUGGAUGAGGCGACCCGCCAUUCGCUGGCUUUCACAACCAAUUUUCACGAGGGUAACACCACCCCGGACUACCUUACAACGCCCGACAUCCACGCCAUGGUCCUUCAACCUUUCCGGAAGUACCUCCGUGAGUUUUCCAGAAUCUCGUUGCAGGGUGAAUAUGUUGGCCUGAGCACAGAACUUGCUGCCAAUGUCAUUCAAGACAUCCGAUCUUGCCACGUUGUGGAUCGUGAACGGCUCAUCGCAGAUAUACAGAGCUUGCACCUGCUAGGCAGAGAUUUGAUUGAUGAGAAGGGCUUCAAACAUUCUAUGGUUCCGAUUGAGAAAGCCUUUGCUAUGUGCGCACGAGGUACAGGGCGAAAAGAUGUGUGGGCCGCGGCCCAAUACAGUACCAGCGACGACAAAGCCUUCAUAGAGGACCUUCUGGGAAGAGCUUACUCUUUGCUGGAAUGCCAGCUGACCAACAUCGUUGUUUCAAUCGCCCAGACUCCCGUGGAUCCAGACGUCUCUGAUGCACGGAGCAAUGAUAUCUUGCGCGCAUAUGAAAUGAGUGUCGGGGCUGGGUUGUCCUUUGGCGUCCCUGAGUGGAAGCCCGACCGUCAGUCAGAGAUCUACCUCAACACUACCGUGGCCAUGGGUCUUGUGGUAAUUUACAAUGGCAGACCACCUGAUGAAACGUGCCUAGCGGUAGGUUGCAAAGCGGCCCGACGGGCUCUAGAUCUGGAUCCUGGCAACAAAUUGUUGCAGGCAGCGAUGGAGAGAUAUGAAGACUGGAAGACACAUGCUCUUCAGCAAGGUUACUUUCCAGACAUCCAACAUGAGGAAUUGCAGAACCUGGGUCGUGGAUGGUGGAGCGACCUUUAA